UUCCGGGGAACAGGCUAUUUUCCGGAUAUCAUGGAUACUCUGAAGGGCAUGCUGAAAGCGUACGAGGCGUGGGUGGCCAAGAACCCGGAUGUGGUGGGGGAUUUCGAGACCACCGCCAAAUGGGUGUCCUACUUCAUAGCAGGUCGCAUAUCCUCACCGAAUGUCCUCCGCGAGCUGGUGUACACGUUAUCCAAAUUGUUGGUGUUCUACAACGAUCGGAUCAUCAAGCGGGCACGUAACGCCCGGGAGAAUUCGGUGAUCCAGCUGCAAUCGAAACUUUAGUUAUUUUUUAAUCCACGGCAAUUAAAAAAAAACAACUUGUGU